GCUCGCGCUAGUCAACAACACAACAUUGACUGCAGUAGUGUGUAAGUGGUGCCGGUUACUUGGUUUUUAAUAAUUCGCGUUUUCUGAAUUUUUUACUAAUAUGGCAAAUUCAGAACACAAAGUGCCUUGCUUUUUAGUAUUAGAGGAUGGAACAAUACUGCCAGGGGAGUCGUUUGGGGCCCAAAAAGCCGUAGAAGGCGAAGUUGUUUUUCAAACUGGUAUGGUAGGAUAUCCCGAAUCGUUGACAGACCCAAGCUAUCACGCACAAAUACUCAUUCUUACUUACCCCAUUAUUGGAAAUUAUGGAGUUCCUGAAGAAAAGAAAGAUGAAAAUAAUUUGCCAUAUUUUUUCGAAUCUAAUCGAAUAUGGGCCUCGGCGUUGGUGGUUGGAGAACACUGCAACUACCCCAGCCAUUGGCGCAGCACUAGAACAUUGUCAGCUUGGAUGGCCCAAGAAAACGUGCCGGGUAUCCAAGGAAUCGACACCAGACAACUCACCAAGAAAAUUCGAGAGCAUGGUACUAUGUUAGGAAAGAUCGUUUAUCGCUUGCCUUUGCCUGCCGAAGUAUCUAUUCUGGAUCCUAAUUUAAGGAAUUUAGUUGCUGAAGUAUCCAUAGAGAAACCUGUUACAUAUAAUAUAAAUGGAACUCCAAGAAUAUGCGCCGUUGAUUGUGGACUGAAAUAUAAUCAAAUAAGAUGUCUUCUUAAGCGAGGAGCUCGUGUAGAUGUAGUACCUUGGAACCACCAACUAAAUAUUGAAGAUUAUGAUGGACUUUUUCUCAGCAACGGUCCUGGAAAUCCAGAAAUGUGCAAGGAAACUAUAGCAAAUAUUAAAUCAGUAGUAACAGACAACAGAGUGAAGCCAAUUUUUGGUAUAUGUCUGGGUCACCAGCUCCUAUCAAUGGCUAUCGGUUGCAGUAGUUACAAGAUGAAAUAUGGAAAUCGAGGACACAAUCAACCUUGUGUUCAUCACGACACUGGAAGAUGCUACAUGACCUCUCAGAAUCAUGGUUUCGCCAUAGAUACAAAGUCUCUGCCAGAGAAUUGGGAACCUCUUUUCACAAAUGUUAAUGAUAAAACCAACGAAGGUAUAAUCCAUACGAAAUUACCAUACUUCAGCGUUCAAUUUCAUCCAGAACAUAUGGCCGGACCAGAAGAUCUAGAAUGUCUCUUUGACAUAUUUAUAGAAGCAGUUAAAAAUGACGUUAAAAAUAAUAUUAAAGAAUCAAUGACUACAAAAUUAAAAUUUAAGAUUGAAAAACCUAUAACUCAACUACCACUAAAAAAAAUUCUUAUAAUAGGGUCUGGUGGUUUGUCAAUUGGACAAGCCGGAGAAUUUGACUACUCAGGAUCUCAAGCUAUUAAGGCUCUAAAAGAAGCAAACAUCCAAACGGUACUUAUCAAUCCAAAUAUUGCUACUGUGCAAACAUCGAAAGGUUUAGCUGAUAAGGUAUAUUUUCUACCUUUGGUACCCGAAUACGUCGAACAAGUUAUCUGUUCUGAAAGACCUAGUGGUGUCUUACUGACAUUCGGUGGACAAACGGGCUUAAAUUGUGGAAUAGAACUGGAAAAACUUGGAGUAUUUCAGAAAUAUAAUUGUAAAAUACUAGGUACUCCCAUUCAAGCAAUUAUAGAUACGGAGGAUCGUAAGAUAUUUAGCGAAAGAAUAGCUGAAAUAGGAGAACAAGUAGCUCCAAGUAUGGCCGCUCAUUCUGUUCAAGAAGCUUUAGAAGCCGCAGAUAUUUUAGGCUAUCCAGUGAUGGCGAGAGCUGCUUUUUCUCUUGGAGGUCUAGGUUCAGGUUUUGCUAACAAUAAAGAUGAAUUAAAAACUUUAGCUUUGCAGGCUCUAGCCCAUUCUAGCCAGCUAAUUAUCGAUAAAUCGUUGAAAGGAUGGAAAGAAGUGGAAUAUGAAGUUGUAAGGGAUGCCUUUGACAAUUGUAUAACGGUUUGUAAUAUGGAAAACGUAGAUCCUUUGGGAAUACACACAGGAGAGUCUAUAGUAGUGGCACCUAGUCAGACACUCUCCAAUAAAGAAUAUAACAUGCUUAGGUCCACAGCUAUUAAAGUAAUAAGACAUUUCGGCGUAGUAGGUGAAUGUAACAUACAGUAUGCUCUGAACCCCAAUUCUGAAGAAUUUUAUAUUAUCGAAGUCAAUGCUAGACUUUCAAGAAGCUCUGCGUUGGCUAGUAAGGCUACUGGCUAUCCUUUGGCCUACGUGGCAGCGAAACUAGCCUUGGGAGUAUCUCUUCCUGACAUUAAUAACUCAGUUACAGGUGUUACAACUGCAUGCUUCGAACCAAGUUUGGAUUACUGUGUUGUUAAAAUUCCCAGAUGGGAUCUUCAUAAGUUUACCAGAGUGAGCAGCAAGAUUGGAAGUUCUAUGAAAAGUGUUGGAGAAGUGAUGUCGAUUGGUAGGAAAUUUGAAGAAGCUUUUCAGAAAGCUUUACGUAUGGUUGACGAGAACGUUACCGGUUUUGAUCCUUAUUUGAAGCCUGUUAACGAUGAAGAGCUCAAAGAACCAACCGAUAAGAGAAUGUUUGUUUUAUCAGCUGCUUUAAAACAAAACUAUUCGAUAGAAAAAUUGUACGAACUUACAAAAAUAGACAGAUGGUUUUUGCAGAAAAUGAAAAAUAUAAUCGAUUGUUUAACUUGCCUGGAGACCUUCGACCAGUAUUCCUUAACCCACGAGACACUUCUCAGGGCUAAGCAGAUUGGAUUUUCUGAUAAACAAAUAGCUGCUGCUGUUAAAAGUACUGAAUUAGCUAUCCGGAAGCAACGUGAAGAAUUUCAAAUUACACCUUUUGUAAAACAAAUAGAUACAGUUGCGGCAGAAUGGCCUGCUACAACAAACUAUCUUUAUGUGACUUAUAAUGCUGACAGCCAUGAUUUGCAGUUCGAAGAACAACAUACCAUGGUGUUGGGUUCAGGAGUUUAUCGUAUAGGAAGUUCUGUAGAAUUCGAUUCUUGUGCAGUUGGCUGUCUGCGCGAACUACGCAGGCUAAACAAGAAGACUAUUAUGAUAAAUUACAAUCCAGAAACAGUUAGUACUGAUUAUGAUAUGUCGGAUAGAUUAUACUUCGAAGAAAUUUCUUUCGAAACUGUAAUGGAUAUAUAUAAUAUUGAAAAUCCUACUGGAGUUAUUUUAUCGGUAGGAGGUCAAUUACCCAAUAACAUAGCAAUGGAUCUGCAUAGACAGAAAGCUAUAAUUCUAGGAACGUCUCCAGAUUCUAUCGAUGGAGCUGAAAAUCGUUUUAAGUUUUCACGUAUGUUGGAUAGAAUUGGCAUUAUGCAACCUCGAUGGAAAGAGCUAACAAAUCUUAAAUCAGCAAUAGAAUUUUGUGAAGAAGUGGGUUAUCCUUGUUUAGUACGACCAUCAUACGUACUUAGUGGAGCUGCUAUGAAUGUUGCUCAUUCAAAUCAAGAUCUUGAAACUUACCUCAACGCAGCAAGUGAUGUAAGUAAAGAACAUCCUGUCGUUAUUUCCAAAUUUUUACUUGAAAGCAAAGAAAUUGAUGUAGACGCUGUAGCUUGUGAUGGUAUUAUUCUUUGUAUGGCUGUGUCAGAACACGUAGAAAAUGCCGGAGUACAUUCAGGAGAUGCCACAUUAGUAACACCACCUCAAGAUAUUAAUGCUGAAACUCUGUCCAAAAUAAAAUACAUAGUAAAAUCAAUAGCCGCUUCACUAGACAUCAGCGGUCCCUUCAAUAUGCAGCUGAUAGCCAAAGACAAUGACCUAAAAGUGAUCGAGUGCAACGUAAGAGUAUCAAGGUCUUUUCCUUUUGUAUCGAAAACUUUAAAUCACGAUUUUGUUGCUAUGGCUACUAGGGUUAUGGUUGGUGAGGAAGUAGAACCUGUAGAUGUACUGGAAGGCUGUGGUAGAGUUGGAGUAAAAGUACCACAAUUUUCAUUCUCGAGAUUAGCUGGUGCUGACUUCAUGUUGGGUGUAGAAAUGGCCUCCACAGGAGAAGUUGCCUGUUUUGGAGAGAAUCGAUAUGAAGCCUACUUGAAGGCCAUGAUGAGCACAGGAUUUAGUAUUCCAGAAAAAUCAAUUUUGUUAUCCAUUGGAACGUUUAAGCAUAAAAUGGAACUUCUGCCAAGUAUUGCUUCGUUACAGAAAAUGGGUUAUAAACUUUAUGCAAGUUUAGGGACUGCAGAUUUCUAUACGGAACAUGGAGUAGAAGUAAAAAAUUGUAUCACAUUUGCUAGUACGACUCUUACUCCAGAUUACAUACUUUUAGGUGCUUCUUCGGACAACACAACAGUGGUCUCUGAGUUAGCCGCGGAAGCUGCAGGAUUAAAAAUGUAUCUUAAUGAGACAUUCACCACCCUCCGUCUAAGGGACCUUGACGUCUGGUCCAAACAUCUAGCCAAUUGGCCAAAAAGAGCCCCUCUUUGCGUUCACGCUGAGUCUCAGACGACAGCAGCAAUUAUUCUUUUAGCUAGUCUCCAAAAUAGACCAGUCCAUAUAUGUCACGUUGCCAGAAAGGAGGAAAUACUGCUCAUUAAGGCGGCGAAGGAAAAAGGAUUAAAAGUUACAUGUGAAGUGUGUCCUCAUCAUCUGUUUCUUUCAACUAAUGAUAUAGAGAAAAUUGGAGUAACCAAGAGUCAGGUUAGACCAGUUUUGGUAUCCCCAGAAGACCAGCAGGCUCUUUGGGAUAAUCUCAGCAUUAUCGACUGUUUUGCCACAGAUCAUGCACCUCACACGAUUGAAGAAAAGCUUAGUGAGAAAGCUCCCCCAGGCUUCCCAGGACUAGAAACAAUUUUACCCCUUCUACUUAACGCAGUCAAUGAAGGCAGGAUCACUUUAGAGGACGUUAUUAAUAAGUUCCACAAAAAUCCUAAAAGAAUAUUUAAUUUGCCCGAACAGCAUAACACGUACGUUGAGGUAGAUAUGGAAGAAGAAUGGACUAUUCCCGAAGCUAUGAGUUACAGUAAGGCCAAGUGGACACCAUUUGCAGGAAAAAAAAUAAAAGGCGCUGUUCAUAGAGUGGUUCUUCGUGGAGAAGUAGCCUAUGUUGAGGGACAAGUUUUAGUGCAACCAGGCUUUGGUCAGAAUGUUAGAGAAUGGGAUAAAAGAUUGUAUACCACUUCCGUCGACAUGAGCCGACCUUCCUCAACAUUGGCAUUGGACAGACCUUUAUCUCCAUACUUAUUAAACAAUAGCCUUGAAUAUGAUAAUGAUAAGCAGACUAAUGAGAUAUUCUCCAGACUUCUAUCUGGAGAAGGUAAAGUCCACUUUGCCAAUGAAGCACAAACUUUCGAUUCUAGGAUAUUGUCUCCUAUCCCACCACGAAUUAGAACGGAAAGUUUCUCAAACACUGCUGACAAAAAGUCCAAAACAGAUAUUGCUGCGGAUCAGGCACAACCACAUCACAUCACCCAUCAUCAUCCUUGGUUUAACAAGCACAUCGUAACUGUAGACACAUUUACAAAAGAUGAAUUAAAUGAUAUCUUCAAUUUGGCACAAACUUUAAGGGCGUAUGUCGUUAAAGACAAACCUUUGGAUCACGUUUUAAGAGGCAAAAUAAUGGCUUCUAUGUUCUAUGAAGUGAGCACAAGAACGUGUUGUAGUUUCGCUGCAGCCAUGCAAAGACUUGGUGGGAGAGUAAUAUAUAUGGACGAAACAAGUUCUUCGGUUAAAAAAGGGGAAUCACUAGAAGAUUCUGUGGUUGUUAUGGCAGGAUACGCUGAUGUAGUAGUUUUAAGACACCCCGUUCCUGGAUCAAUACAAAAAGCUUCACAUCACUGCAGAAAAGCUUUGAUAAAUGCUGGUGAUGGUAUAGGUGAGCAUCCAACCCAAGCUCUAUUGGAUAUUUUUACGAUAAGAGACGAAAUUGGUACAGUCAAUGGACUUACCAUUACUUUGGUGGGCGAUUUGAAAAACGGACGGACCGUUCAUUCUUUGGCAAGGCUAUUGACUUUAUAUAACGUGCAACUAAGAUAUGUCAGUCCACCAAAUUUGAAAAUGCCUCAACAUGUAACUGCCUUUGUAAAAUCAAAAGGUAUAUCCCAAGAAGAAUAUAGUAAAUUAGAAGAUAUUCUACCAGAAACAGAUGUCUUAUAUAUGACUAGAAUACAACGAGAGAGAUUUACUAGUCAAGAAGAAUAUGAUAAGGCUUGUGGUCACUUUAUAGUAACUCCAAAAUUGAUGACUAGUGCCAAAAAGAAGAUGAUCGUUCUCCAUCCUCUUCCCAGAGUAUUUGAGAUAAGUCCAGAAUUCGACACAGAUCCACGAGCGGCAUAUUUUCGUCAAGCUGAAUGCGGUAUGUACGUCAGGAUGGCAGUUCUCACAAUGCUUUUGGGAAAAUGUUAAGUUCUGUUUUAAAUGUGGUAAAUUGUACAUUCCAUUUUUAUAAAACCGAAAUGAUGAUAAAGAUUAAUUUUGUAUAAAAAA